AUGGAAACUAGCUAUACAGAUAUCGAAGGUAGAUGGUCAGACAUCGACAAGGUCAUCAAGAGAACAGGUCCAUUCGUAGCACCUGACUUCCAGCCAGACACCAACGAUUCUCCAUCGAUAAAGACUGCCUUGCAAAACGACUUUAAGAUCUUGGUCAUUGGUGCCGGUGGUCUUGGUUGUGAACUCCUCAAGAAUCUUGCACUCUCUGGUUUCAGAAACAUCGAUGUCAUCGAUAUGGAUACAAUUGAUGUCUCUAAUCUCAACAGACAAUUCUUAUUCAGAAGAAAAGAUGUUGGUAAAUCAAAGGCUGAGGUUGCCGCUGCUUUCAUCAAUCAAAGAGUAGCUGGAUGUAAAGUUACACCAUAUAAAUGUAAGAUUCAAGAUAAGGAUGAGGAUUAUUAUAGACAAUUCAAGUUGAUUAUUGCUGGUCUCGAUUCGAUCGAAGCCAGAAGAUGGAUCAAUGGAUUGUUGGUCAACUUGGUUGUGACUGACACCGACGGAAACAUCGAUCCAUUGACUAUCAUUCCAUUGAUCGACGGUGGAACCGAAGGUUUCAAGGGACAGGCAAGAGUCAUUCUUCCAAGAAUCUCAUCUUGCUUUGAAUGCUCAUUAGAGUCUUUCCCACCACAGACCACCUAUGCCAUCUGUACCAUUGCCAACACUCCACGUGUGCCAGAGCAUUGCAUCCAGUGGGCAUUGAUCUUUGGUCUGCCAGACGCAGCCAUUCCAAAGCCAUUCGAUCCAAAGGUUUUCGACAAUGACAAUCCCGUCCACAUGACCUGGCUCUACGAGACCGCCAAGAAGCGUGCCGAAGACCACAACAUCAACGGUGUCACCUACAAGUUGACACAGGGUGUCGCCAAGAACAUCAUUCCGGCGAUCGCCAGUACCAACGCUAUCAUUGCCGCAGCCUGUUGCAAUGAGGCAUUCAAGAUCUGCACAGACUCUAGCGGUUACUUGGAUAACUACAUGAUGUACAACGGACAGCAAUCGGUCUACACCUACACCUUCAACUACGAAGUGAAGGAGGGUUGCGCUGUCUGCGGUUCCAACAUUGUCAGCUACGAGGUCAGUCCAAAGACUUUGUUGUCGACAUUCCUCGAGGACAUCUCCAAGGACUCCAGAUUCCAAUUCAAGAAACCAAGUCUCAGAUGCAACGGACGUAAUCUCUAUAUGCAAGGAUUACUCCACCAAUCAACUGUACCAAAUUUAGAAAAGUCACUUGAAGAUCUUCAAGUUGGUGAGGGUGAUGAAAUCACCAUUACCGAUCCAUCGCUUCCAGUAUCAAUUACUUCUAUUAUUUUAUUAAUUUACCAUGAUGUUGAAUCUGAAUCAGAGGAAGAAACAACUACAACCUCCACCAAUUCUUUCACUCCAUCUGUCAAUAACCAAGAAGUCCCCCGAGAGAAAGUUUGGGAGAAAUAUGCCAAAAGAUCAAGAGAGAGAACCGAUCAUAGAACUGACCAAAACCAGUGUAGAAAAUUGAUCAAUCAGAUCCUCAAGGAAUACAAAGCUGGUUCCCAUGUGUCAAUUGAAGAGGUCAGAGCCAAAGCUAUUGAAGCUCAAACCAAGAAAAUUCAAUCCUACUUUGACAAUGAAUUCCAAACCAAUGUUAGUAUUAAAGCUUAA